CACACACCUUUUGUCCCGUAUUAUGUUACACACUAUCUGCAUUAUUUAACAUUUCACGGGUCUAAAAGAACACUCCCGAAUUAGCUACUCCAUUCAGGAGAGCACACAAACACCAGCAAUGGACCUAACAGUCUGUGUGACACAGUAGUCCUCUUUAAAGGACCAGUUUUUAACCUGGUUUGGUGCUCGUGCAUCCUUCGACAUGUUUUCAGCAGCCACUAAGAAUUUUGUGAGGCAGGUUGGAGACACAGGGAGGCUGAUCCCGGUCCCCAGCCUGAGCGAGGCAGACCGGUACCAGCCCCUCAGUCUGGUCACCAGGAAGAGGAAGAGGCAUUUCUGGAAGAAGAACAAGUACGCCUCGACCCCUUUUUCUCUGAAGGACAUCCUGGUAGGAGAGAAGGAGAUCACAGCAGGAGUGUCGUCUUAUCAGCUCCUAAACUACGAGGACAAAUCAGACGUGGCCCUGAACGGUCGAUUAGGAAACCAUCUCAUCAAUGAUGUGGGUUUUAACAUCAGUGGGUCGGACUCUGUGGCCGUCAAAGCCUCGUUCGGCAUCGUGACCAAACACGAGCUGGAGGUGCCCACGUUACUGCGAGAGCUAAACUCCAGGAAAGUGGAUCUGGAUCACUGCCUGGUUCGUCAGUCUAAAGAAAGCGGACGCACCGUUCUGUGUGUCGUUGUGGAGAGCAUUCGGACAACACGUCAGUGCUCUCUGACCGUCCACGCCGGGAUGAGAGGGACAACCAUGAGGUUUCAGAUCGACGAUGGCAGAAACCCCAAAGGUCGAGACAAAGCCAUCGUCAUCCCGGCUCACACCACCAUCGCCUUCAGCAUCUGUGAGCUGUUUGUACGACUGGACGGACGUCUCGAUCUUUGUGUAGCUCCAGAGUCUCAAGGAGGAUUUGAGCGGGAGCAGAUCAGGGAGCAGCUUGGUGGAUUCGUCAGUCACUUCUCGAUGGGUCGACUGCGGCGCUUUCUGUCUGGGAUCAUCUAUGGAAACCCUUUCAGAGCAGAAAACAGAACAUUCGAGGAGCUCACCCACUCUGACACAUACAUGGACGACAUGGUGACUGACUACUACGAGAAAGCAGCCAGCAUGACAGACGUCUCCACCGCCUACCUGAGGGAGAGCUCUCACACACGGGUCAACCUCCUCAAACACAACAUCCCCAAAGGAGCGUGUGCGCUCUGCGGGAUGGGCAACCAGAAGCGGGAGACUGUGUACGGCUGUCUGGAGUGCUCCAGCGGGGGACAGAAGUAUGUCAGGCUGCAUGUGGUGCCCUGCUUCGACCUCUGGCACAAAACCCUGAGGUGAAGAAGAGAAGUUUGUACAUGAACCCAGCUGUCUGAAGUGCUUGUUUUUACUGCUGAUGGAGGACACUACAAGUGCAAGUGUUUACAAAAUCAAAGUCAGAAAAACAGGACAGGGAGCGGACUAUUUAUCAACCAAAACACCUCAAACUGUGAUUCAAGCAACGGCCAACAAUUCCAAUUAAAGAGGCUAAAAUAAACGUGUUGUUUUCUCUCAUAUCGCAGCAACAUUCACAGUUUACUCUU